AUGCAUUUAUUUGGCAGUGUUCUCUUACUCAGCUGGGUUCUCUCACUCCAGCUUCUCAAGGGCGCCGAGGCCAAAAAAAACCCACCCUCUCACGUCUCGGACACAGGAAAGAGCGAAGAGGCAUGGAAGUAUAGACAGCACCCGGAAUUUAACCUGGCGAUGUCGAACGAGACCUAUAUCGAAUGGGAAACGAUGAAUAACAUGACCCACGAUAUGUUCAACCAUGCUGGCGAGCUGAAGCAAUUGGCGAAGAUGUUGCACGCUGAGAUCGAUAAGACUCAUAUCAAAGUGCGUGUCGCGGAAGAUGCUGCCGCUAAAUGUGGCAUCAAGCCUGUCUUCGAGCCCUUGCCUACGCUCAAGGGGGCGGCACUCUCAACGCGAUGGCCAGCAGAUAAGAACGCCCCCUUGCCUACAGGUGUAGUGGAGCACGUCGCGGAGCUUCAUGAGGGCGACGAUGGGAACACCUAUUGGGUGGUCAAAUAUUGGGCCAAGAAGACCGGCACGGAGAAAAAGAUAAGUGCGCCUGAAGGUAUCGACCCAUCAGAGCAUUUCAAUGGCUCCGUUACUCCCGUAGAUCCCAUCUUUAACCCUGAGCGGCCGCCAUAUAUCAAAGUCGCCUUCAAUUUGGUACAGGAAGCCCUUAGGGAGACCGAGAGGCUACAGACGGUCCUCAGGGAACGCAAGAGCUAUUUGAUUCAAAUCCACCGCCAAGUGGAGAAGUAUUGCAACAAGAAGUAUCUCGACCAGGCGAAGGCGCCCCAUCCUACGACACCGUACCCCCUCAUUACCGGCAGCGUCCGGACGGGGAAAAGCCACCCCUUCCCAGUGGAAUGGCUCGAGCACGAAAAGGGCAUGCCCGAAUCGGCCGCCAGGUUGGAAGACGAAUACCUGACUAAAGAAUACCUGACCAAAGAACGCCUGACUAAUGGACACGUGACGACCAUAACAUCCCACCGCAAAACCCACGUCGGCGUCCCCCAGGUCCUGCCCCCCCGAACCUCCACCACCCAGACCGCCGGCCUCCCCGCCACCUACGCCCCCUGGAAAGGCCCCCCUCCCGACCCCAUGUCCUUCACACGACUCUACCACACAUCCGUCCACUGGGCCCAGCUCAGCGCCUCCAUCCCAACCCCGUCGCCCACCAACCGCCACCCCGCCCCAGCCAAACGCUUCGCUCCCCUCGAGCUCUCCGUCCUCGAAGAGGCCCUCCGCGCCAACUACACCGCCGACCUCGCACGCGCGCGCGCCACCGCGGCCCAAACCCCCGUCGAGCUCUGGCCCGAGCCGCACAUCGAGCCGCUGCCGACGUUCUCGUCGACCAAAACCGUCUUCGCGCCGCACACCGCCCACAGCGACUGGCAGCUCGUGAGCAGCGGCGCGAGCGCGACGGCUCGAUUGGGGUAUGAGGGCGUUGUCGCGCUCUACCCCACCCCGUCUCGCACGGGCGAGCAGGCGGCGCCGCUGUCGAGUUUUGCGGAUCUGGAUCCGGCGGCGCACCGCGAGGCCGGGGGGAGCGAUGGCGGGAAGAAGCAUCUCGAGGGGUGGGCGAUUGCGCUGAUUGUUGUGCUUGUUGUGUUGGUGUUGAGUGGAGUCGGGGGCGCGGUGGUGUGGGCAAGGCGGCGGGAGCGGAAGAGGCGGAAGAGCGUUAGGUUGGGGGGGUUGAGUCGGACGGGGAGGGCGAUGGCGGGGGAGGGGAGUGAGGUGAGCGUGAAGGGGGUCGUGUUUGAGAUGGCGGGGGGGAGUGAGAGGUCGAGGGAGAGUGUGCAGGAGAGGAGUCAGGAGGGGGAGAGGGGGAGGGAGGUUGUGUGA